AUGUCGACGUCCAAGGAUUAUGAUGAUAGCCUUACUGGCAAGAGGCCGGGCUCUCGCUCAACGAGCGAGCCCAACAACCACGCCAACGGUUCACACGAGGAUAACGACCUUUCCCCGCUCAAGACGAACGACCGUCAUGCCGUCAACUCGGACAUAGGCGAGCCCGUUGAAAGGGUCGCAACAACAGCCCAGCAGGGUGUGAACAAGGUUGAGGCUUUCAACAAGGUGCUGUAUCAGUCGGGCCCAACUGGCAAAAUCCUGCUGUGGCUGCUAGGUGUGUCCAUUGGCCUGACCAUGUUCGCGUAUGCCCUCGACCAGGGCAUCACGGCCAGCAUCUUCACCACCAUGGCCAGUUCAACCUUCGGCCAGCACAGUUCGCUCGCCGCCGUGAGCACUGCCAGCCAGAUCGUGCGUGCUGUCGCCAAGCCUUUCAUCGGGAAACUGGCCGAUAUCACCUCGCGGCCUACCACUUACGUCGUCAUCCUGUUCUUCUACAUCAUCGGCUUCGUCGUCGCCGCCAGCUCCAGCACCUUUGCCGCCUAUACCAUCGGCAUCUGCUUCACCUCGGUCGGCAAGUCCGGUCUCGACCUGCUGAGCGACAUUAUUGUCGGUGACUUGACCCCUCUCGAGUGGCGUGGCUUCUUCGGCGCCCUUCUGGCGGUGCCCUUUGUCGUCACUGUUCCCAUCAAUGGCUUCAUUGCCGAGGGCUUCAUCGACAACUGGCGGUGGGGCCUGGGCAUGUUUGCCAUCAUGGUCCCCGUGCUGUUGUGCCCAGCCAUCUUCACCCUCUAUGCCAUGCAACACCGUGGAGAAAAGAUGGGCAUGGUCACCAUGGCCGGAUCGAAGCAGGAGAGGACAGGCGCCGGUGCGGACGGCACCUCCAAGGGUGCUGUACACUGGACCAAGCUCUUGUACCAGGGUCUCAUUGACAUCGAUAUCCUGGGUCUAAUAAUCCUUGGUGUAGCGUUCGCGCUGCUGCUGCUUCCGCUGACCCUGGCCGAGGAUGCCAAUGGCGGCUGGCAGAACGGAGGCAUCAUCGCUAUGCUCGUCGUCGGCUUCGUGCUGCUCAUCGCCUUUGUCCUGUUCGAGAUCUACCUGGCUCCCGUGCCACUGAUGACCAAGCGCGUUCUCAAGAACCGCGCCUUCAUCGCUGGUGUCAUCAUCUUCACCUUCAACCAGACCGCCUCGUCUGUCCGCAACACCUACUACUCCUCCUACAUCUACAUCAUCAAGGAGUGGAGCACAUACGAGUGGACAAUCUUCCUGGGUAUCACCACCAUGGGUCUCAGUCUACUAGGUCCCUUCGUCGGUCUCAUACAACGCUCGACUCAUCGCUACAAGUCCAUGAUGAUCUUCGGCGCCGCCUCUAGGAUGCUCGGAUACGGUCUCCUGGUCAAUGGCUCCGACGCGUCGAUGACACAGGACACCGGCCGUCUCAUCGCCGCCCAGCUCAUCUUCUGCCUGGGCUCCUUCAACAUCGUCGGUGCGCGCGUGGGAACCCAAGCAUCCGUGCCCCACGAGGACAUGGCGACUGUCAUCUCCCUGCUGGCGCUGUGGUCGACACUGGGCUCCUCUGUCGGCAGCGCCAUCUCAUCGGCCAUCUGGACCAGCGAGAUGCAAUCGCGCAUGUACGAGGAGAUGAUUCCCGCGGGAGCGGACGCAAAUACCGUCAAGAAUAUGUACGAAAACAUCAAGAAGCUGCGGACUACCUACGAAUUCAACGACCCCAUCCGUCAGGCUGCCAUCCGCGCCUACUCCGCUAUCAACGGUCACAUCGCCGUCGCCGCCCUCGUCCUGGCUGCGGUCCCUACCAUUGCCUCGCUCUUCAUGCCUGACUUCUACCUCGGCAAGCAGCAGAACGCCAUCACCAACACUGGUCUCGACGGGGAGAGGGUCGACGUCCCCGAGCGUGAGGGUGGUGGCGCCCAGGAGGUGGAUGCUGCUCCUCAGAAGGACAAGUGGUACGCUAGGUUCAGGGAUGCUUACCGACGACAAAUGUAA